GAGAGAGAGAGAGAGCACGAGUGAGAGAGAGCGAGCUAGCCGAGCAAGCGCGAGCGCAGGAGCAUGCUGGCUGGCGAGAACAGGGUCUCCAUGACAACUGGCCUGGCCAGCUAGAAGUGCUCUGCUCACUUGGCUGGAAGGAGCGCCACGAAAGGUCAGAGGAAGGAGCUGUGGGAAGCUCGCAGCAGGUAUCGGAGCUUAAGUGAGUGGAUUUUGGGGCCCUUGGGCUCCCUUACAGACUGUGGUGCGAGCCAAACUCUGCCAAGCAUGGAGUGGGCAGGAAAGCACCGGGACUUUCAGGGCUCUGGGUUUGCAGAGAGCAGAAAUGACCAUGACUGCCAACAAGAAUUCCAGCAUCACCCACGGAGCUGGAGGCACUAAGGCCCCUCGGGGAACUCUGAGCAGGUCUCAGUCAGUCUCUCCACCUCCAGUUCUCUCCCCACCAAGGAGUCCCGUCUACCCGCUCAGUGAUAGUGAAACGUCGGCCUGCAAGUACCCAAGCCGCUCCAGCUCCCGGCUGCUCCUCAAGGACUGGCACCCCCGUGAUCUUUUACCCCCAAAUCCUCAAGCUCCCUCCCCAGGCACUUCACCACCUGUCUGUCCCCUCAAGGCCACCAACUUCAGUUAUUCGGACCGAAGCCCUUCAGUGUGCAAGAGAGAGGACCAGAAGGAGAACGUCCAAGGGGAAGGCCAGGAUGUAGAGGGAGUAGCUGCUUGCCUCCCUCUUGCCCAGAGCACCCCAUCCUUAGGGACAACAGCUGGCCCACGGAGCUUCUUUUUGAACCGCACUGGCAGCCGUGCCCACAGCCUGGGCAUCCGAGAGAAGAUUUCAGCAUGGGAGGGGCGCCGAGAGGCUUCGCCCAAGAUGAGCGUGUGCGGGGAGAAGCGGGAGGGCUCUGGGGGCGAGUGGGCGCUCAGUGAGGGGUGUCCCAGCGUGGCGCCAUCCCCCUGCAGCUCAGAAAAAGCCUUCGAUUUCAAGGGCCUCCGGAGGAUGAGCAGGACCUUCUCAGAGUGCUCCUACCCUGAGACCGAGGAGGAGGGAGAGGCGCUCCCUGUCCGGGACUCUUUCUAUCGGCCGGAGAGACGGGCAGGCCGGAGUGAGCCCAGCGCCUUCCUCAGGGGGCAUGGCAGCAGGAGAGAGAGCUCAGCAGUGCUGAGUCGGAUCCAGAAAAUUGAACAGGCCCUGAAGGAGCAGCCAGGCCGGGGACUCCCCCAGCUCCCCAGCAGCUGCUAUAGUGUAGACCGAGGGAGAAGGAAGACUGGGACCUUGGGCACGUUGGAGGAACCGACAGGGAGCACGAGUGUGAGCACUGGCAGCCGGGCAGGAGGAGUGGCUGGAAUUGGGGGGGAGGCAGGCCCACCCCUGGAGAGGGAAGGCAGUGACUCCACUAAGCCAGGGACCCCUGGAAAUAGCCCGAGCUCCCAGCUGCUGCCGUCAAAGAGCUCCCCUGAUCCCGCUGUGAACCCUGUCCCCAAACCCAAGCGCACCUUUGAAUAUGAGGCUGACAAGAACCCCAAGAGUAAGCCAAGCAAUGGUCUACCUCCUUCGCCCACACCUGCUGCUCCACCCCCCCUGCCCUCUACCCCCGCCCCACCAGUCACCCGGAGACCCAAGAAGGACAUACGUGGUCACCGCAAAUCCCAGAGCAGAAAAUCCUUUGAGUUUGAGGAUGCAUCCAGUCUCCAGUCCCUGUACCCCUCUUCUCCCACUGAGAACGGUACUGAGAGCCAACCCAAGUUUGGAUCCAAAAGCACUUUAGAAGAGAACGCCUAUGAAGAUAUUGUGGGAGAUCUGCCCAAGGAGAAUCCAUAUGAGGAUGUGGACUUAAAGAGCCGAAGAGCAGGACGAAAAUCCCAGCAACUGUCUGAAAACUCCUUGGACUCUUUGCACAGGAUGUGGGGUCCUCAGGACAGGAAGUACAACAACCCACCCACUCAGCUCUCCCUGAAACCCAGCAGCCAGUCCCUGCGCAGUGGGAACUGGUCAGAAAGGAAGAGCCACCGGCUGCCGCGAUUACCCAAGAGGCACAGCCAUGACGACAUGCUGCUGCUGGCUCAGCUGAGCCUGCCGUCUUCACCCUCCAGCCUCAAUGAGGACAGCCUCAGCACCACCAGUGAGCUGCUGUCCAGCCGCAGGGCCCGCCGCAUUCCUAAGCUUGUCCAAAGAAUUAACUCCAUCUACAAUGCCAAGAGGGGAAAGAAGAGGUUAAAAAAACUGUCUAUGUCCAGCAUUGAGACAGCAUCACUGAGAGAUGAGAAUAGUGAGAGCGAGAGCGACUCUGACGACAGGUUCAAAGCCCACACGCAGCGCCUGGUCCACAUCCAGUCAAUGCUGAAACGCGCACCCAGCUAUCGGACUCUGGAGCUGGAACUGCUUGAGUGGCAGGAGCGGGAGCUUUUCGAGUACUUUGUGGUGGUGUCCCUCAAGAAGAAGCCAUCUCGAAAUACCUACCUCCCUGAAGUCUCCUACCAGUUUCCCAAGCUGGACCGACCCACCAAGCAGAUGCGGGAGGCAGAGGAGAGGCUCAAGGCCAUUCCCCAGUUUUGCUUCCCUGAUGCCAAGGACUGGCUUCCUGUGUCCGAGUACAGUAGUGAGACUUUCUCUUUCAUGCUGACUGGGGAAGAUGGCAGCAGACGCUUUGGCUACUGCAGGCGCUUACUGCCGAGUGGGAAAGGGCCUCGGUUGCCAGAGGUAUACUGUGUCAUCAGCCGCCUUGGCUGCUUCGGCUUGUUUUCCAAGGUCUUAGAUGAGGUGGAGCGCCGGCGUGGGAUCUCUGCUGCCUUGGUCUAUCCCUUCAUGAGAAGUCUCAUGGAGUCACCCUUCCCUGCCCCGGGGAAGACCAUCAAAGUGAAGACGUUUCUUCCAGGUGCUGGCAACGAGGUGUUAGAGCUGCGGCGGCCCAUGGAUUCCCGGCUGGAGCACGUGGACUUCGAGUGCCUCUUCACCUGCCUCAGCGUGCGCCAGCUCAUCCGAAUCUUCGCCUCGCUGCUGCUAGAGCGCCGAGUCAUUUUUGUGGCAGAUAAGCUCAGUACACUCUCCAGCUGCUCCCAUGCCGUGGUGGCCUUGCUCUACCCCUUCUCCUGGCAGCACACCUUCAUUCCUGUCCUUCCGGCCUCCAUGAUUGACAUCGUCUGCUGUCCCACACCCUUCCUGGUUGGCCUGCUCUCCAGCUCCCUCCCCAAACUGAAGGAGCUGCCUGUGGAGGAGGCACUGAUGGUGAAUCUGGGAUCCGACCGAUUCAUCCGACAGAUGGAUGAUGAGGACACGCUGUUACCGAGGAAGUUACAGGCGGCUCUGGAGCAGGCUCUAGAGAGGAAGAAUGAACUGAUCUCCCAGGACUCUGACAGCGACUCUGAUGAUGAAUGUAAUACCCUCAAUGGGCUCGUGUCAGAGGUGUUUAUCCGGUUCUUUGUGGAGACUGUCGGGCACUACUCCCUCUUCCUGACUCAGAGCGAGAAGGGAGAGAGGGCCUUUCAGCGAGAGGCCUUCCGCAAGUCUGUGGCCUCCAAGAGCAUCCGUCGUUUUCUUGAGGUUUUUAUGGAGUCUCAGAUGUUUGCCGGCUUCAUCCAAGACAGGGAGCUAAGAAAGUGUCGGGCAAAGGGCCUCUUUGAGCAGCGAGUGGAGCAGUAUUUAGAGGAACUCCCAGACACUGAGCAGAGUGGGAUGAAUAAGUUUCUCCGAGGUUUGGGCAACAAAAUGAAGUUCCUCCACAAGAAGAAUUAAGCCCCUUUCCCAGUAAUGGAGCCCAGUGCCUUGCCAAGCCUGGAGCCUGGGGAGGGGGCCAGCUUGGAACCUUCUGGGCUGCUGUGGCUACUCUGCCCCCACAGACCCUGCCCUCCAAGCCAGCCCACCUCUGCCUUCACAAUAUCCCAGGAUACUGUUUGUAAAUAAUCUGCUGUAAGCUUUCUUAUCUCUUUUUGUAACAAGCAAAGAGAAUCUGGUAAAUAUUUGUAUAUUCCCAAGGGGCUGGGUGCUGGCGACUGGCCAAUUAUGUGCAGCUGACUGUCUCAGCCGAACCACUGAUCUUCCCCUGGAGGCUCCAGGCCUGCCUGCCUGAGGCCCCUGCUGCCAGUCUUGGGCCCUGGAGAGCAGAUGCUGUCUUGUUAUGUACAGGAGGACUAUUUUUUUUUUUUAAUCUUAGAGUUUCUAUUUUUUUUCCAGUAGUCCCCCUCCCCUAACCCUCCGUUUUUGAAAGGCAAAGGCCAAUCAGUUCCCAUUUGCAGCGUGGUACCAGACUCUCGGGCCUGGCCCUCUCUUGUUCCUCCCACCUUUGUGAUGAUGGUCAGUGAGUCACGGGAAGCCCACCCCCCACCCCCGGCUGUUCCAGUGCUCUCCAGGCCCAGCUCGCAGUCCGUGGUGGCCACGAUGCGGUACAGGGCAUCCCUCCUUCCCACCAUCUACGGGUGUUCUCAAUAAACAGUGUACAGUUGUUUGGGCCCAGAGCCCUACGUGUUCCUUGGCUUCAUUUUCUAUAGUUCUCUCUCCUGGGGGAUGGGCUCAGAUAGGCCAGUCAGGAAUGAAACACCAUCAUGCAGGGAAUGAGCACUUCCUUAAGAGUUCAGCUUCAGUGUGAGUCACUUACCUCCCCUGAAACAAGUUCUCUGGCUUGAACUGUUAUGACUGGUCUAGAAGAUACCUUGUCAUUGUUUUGUUCAGCUUGCCACUUCGAUAACCAGCUGUUCAGACUCUCUAUGUAAGUGUUCCCAGUGAUGGAAAGAAUGCUCAGUGCUUGCAGCUCCACUGUUAGGUGAAUCUUAAAAUUUUGCUCUUUAGUAUGAAGCCCUCACUUCAUACUAAAAGUGAUGAAGACAUCACUGGGUGUCCUGACAUUGGUGGUUAAAGCUCAGCAAAAGCCAACCCAGGCUUGCUCACAGCUCUGGCCCAUUGCCUAUAGCUCUUCUGUCACUCUGUUACUAGUUUUCUCCUGUUGACCUCUGCAAUAUUCUUUGGAAAAGCAAGAAGAGCAGGGCAGGAAAUAUGGGUGGCUUAGGCUUUUCACCCACCCAAGGCCUUCGCAGAGCAAAGACUGUGAAAAUUUCUAAGACGAAAGAUGAGGCAGUAAGCUGGAACUCCCUUAACUGAAUUCAGUUUGGCACUGGCAGGAUUUGAACCAAGAAGUAGACCUUCCUGUCCUUCCGCCCUGGCCUACUUAAACAGGAGACAGUCCUAUCCUGGACUCCCUUCCCUCUUCCUUCCCAUUUCCAUUGAGGCUCCCAAGGUCCCAACCUGUUUGGGGUUUGAGGUUGCUAUCUUCUUCCUAAAGUGUAAAGGGUUUGUUUUCUGGGAAGACAAAGUCGUCUUCUCCUCUGAAAAAGCCUCUUACAUAGUUGGCUUUGGCAUCUUCCAGGAAUAGGGAGGCAGAGAUUGAGGCCUCAUGAAUCUGAGUUCUCAAGCUAAAGUAGAGAAGAUAGUACUUAUCAACAGAAAGUCCAGGGUCCGGUAUAGUUAACUUCAGGACUCAUUACUGCUAACCCAGCCUGGGCUUCAUGAUGGUCACAGAAGUAGAUUCCUUAACAGUAAAAUAGUAAUAAUACAGUUUCCAAAAGCUGUUUCUUUCUCCUUUCCUUCUCCCACUCCCCUCUUUUUUAAUGUGAUUCCAAAGAAUCCUCACAGAUAUGUGGUCACACCACAAGAGAUAUAGGUAUAAAUUCCUUUUUUAAAAUAAAAUUUGAAACUUUUAUGUAUCUUUAAAAUCUUAGGAUACCUAAGAUUAACCCCAAGGAUUUUUUCCUCCUGUAAGGGCCACAGCUUCAUCCUAAUUCAGAAAAUCAGUACAGGCCCAUAAUGGCUCUGGUUAGGCUACAAGGGUCCACACAGGGAGUACUAUGGACUAGGCACGGAAGACUUUGGGGGAAUAUAGAGGAGGGUAUGAUAGCAGGCAGCCUGGUAUGGGGUUGACAAAAAGUGGUCAGGACUUCUUUCAAGUUGUUUUACAUGACCCCUAAAUAGAUGGUUCUUAACCCUAUUGGAUCCAACACUCUCCUUUUCUAUAGCACAUACUCUAAUUCCCCCCUUUACUAUCCUGAAAUGAAAUUGGUAUAUAAGGUAACCUACCUAAACAUACCUUAAUUUUCAUAUAAAUAGGGAGAAAUAAAAGGAAAAAUUUUGUUUAACAUGUAUUUAAAUAUGUAAAUGCUUGGGUAUAGCUGUACUAGAAGAUAUAAUGAGGUUAGAUAUAGAAUCACUGAAUUUAGCAGCUACACAAGCACAGAUCAAAGUGUGUUGUAUCAGCAACAGAUUCUACUGAGUAAGUGCUACCAUUGGUAAAAGAGCUGGACAACUUUUUUUUUAGAGGGUAUGGAGGGGCAGAGGGAGAGGGAGAGGAAAUCUUAAAGAGGCUCCACACCGAGCAUGGAGCCCAGCACAGGCUCAAUCUCAAGACCCUGAGGUCAUGACCUGAGUUUAAAUUAAGAGUCAGAUGCUUAACGGACUGAGCCACUCGUGCACCCCAGAGAAUUGAACAGCUUUUGGCAAUGUUGUGAGCAAAACACAGUAUGAGCUUUCCCUUAACUUAAACAGCAUUUGGAAUCCUGGAAAACUGAGAAGUAUAUAUACCCUGGGGGAGGGUAUUAUGUGUAAAAUGGAGAUAGAUCUAAACUAGAUUUUUGUUGUUUAGAAUCAACCCAUACAUUGCAGGAUGUCUAGCAACCUGGACCCUCCAUGAUUGUGACAAAAAAAAAAACCUGCCCCAUUAAUUUUCAAACUGUCUCCCCAGAGGAUGGUUUUUGCCACCAUUGAAAAUAAGUGUCUUUAAACCAUCUUUCUGACCACCCUAGGGCACUUACUCAGGGACAACACAAAGCUUUUCCUCUACCAGAAGCCCCAAUGCCUACAGAGUGUCAGCCCUCUUCUAUUCUGGAGUCAAUAAAGGCCCUGGGUUUUCUUCUUAAUCACUUUGGUAACUUUUAGAGCAGGGCAGGUUCCCAAUACAUCUUCCUAAAUGCCUUUUUGUUUGUUUGUUUUUAAACUAAAUAUGCAUGCUCUGGUAAACUGUAGUGUCAAAAUGAGGAAUCUGGGUUCCUUAAAGGCAGUAUUUUGAAGGAGUAUCUUUGGAAAGCCAUAUUAUUCCAACUCCAGCUUAUAUUGGAAUUAGGGCUCCCCCAAAAGCAUUCUAAUUAUAAUCACAGCUCAGUUCAAAUUUUUGCUAAUAAUAAUAUCCUUUUACAUGGAGACUUGUAACUUGUACCCAAAUGACUUAUUUAUAAAGAUACAGAAGCAGUAUUUUAAAAAAAAAAAAAAAAAAAGGAGGGGGCGAAAUAAAAGUAAAACAAAAAUUGGGCCAUAAAACAGAGCCAGAAUUCAAUUUACAUUCUUAAUAAAGGUGAUACACGAAAUUAGUUUCUAGAGCCAAAGUAGUAGUAUGCCUUCCUAAACAUCUUAUUUGCCUAUGGAGGUGGGGGGGAGUGUCACUUAAAAGGUCAUGAAAACUUAAAAAAAAGUCAUGAAAAUUCUAGACCAAGAGAAAAUACUACAUUUCGGUACUGGCAAGUUUCUGGUAACUUGGAAAUUAUUUUCUGUCCAUUUAUAUUGCUUUUUAUAUUCUAUUAAAUAUAUUAAAUAUGCAUUUGGUUAAGCAAGAAACUCAAACUAUCAAAACAUACAUCUCCCCCACUUCACACAGCUCAUUAGAAAUGCCUUCUCAGUUUUAUGUCCUCCCAUUUCCAUCUCCAUGUACGUACAAGCAGGUGUCCCAGGUACCGUGAACGUCGUAAUUGGCGCUCAUCUUUUUGACAACCAAUUAACAAGCUAAUUCUGAGAAGUUUGGAAAUUCCCGUGUUUGACGUGAAUAUAAAAACCAUGUUUCCAUAAGCGUCGCAAGGUUGGCCCGGCCCCCUGUUCUGAAGGGGCCCACGCCCACCGAGAGCCGCCGACUUAAACCUCCCGCCAUGCCUAGGAAAGUCUCCCGGCCGCUCGACAAGCCCGGCUCCGCCCAUUCCGGAACUGGCUGCGCCCACGGAAGGAACCGGUGCCGAACGUGCUUCCGGUCGUGGAGCGGGUGAGGUUAAUGUGACCCCGGAACCAGAACCUUACACCCUCAGGAAGUGGUUCUCCGGGGCUGAGGCGAGAAGAGGUGGGUGUUGUGUGAUGGCGUCGCAGAAGUAGGGCCGUGUAAACCACAAGGGCAGCUGCGGGAGCCUCAGGCUCUGUAGGGCUGUGGCCUCUGCCGUCUCCGUUGUCGUCCGCCUUCCGCCGAUGGUGCGCCCUUAGGCACACCAGGGGUUUUCAGACCAGGGGCUGAUUUUGUGUGGCCUGGCCAUCAAGUAAGAAUACGCGUAUUUGAAUUGAAACCUUAAAUUCGUUAGCGGAUUUUGAAAAUGGGGUCGAGUCCGAUAUCGACAAGUUAUCUUUUUAAAGCUUCAGCUCCGAGGUUUGUAUGAAAAUGUAUCUAAAGCACAUGUACAUUAGGCCAGAAAUCCUAUCCUUAGCAAUCCAAGCUAUAGAAAAUAAGCAGGUCAGCCUGAUGGGCUAGGUGACGUUAUUUUACCAGUCUUUAGAGGAAGGUAAACAUGGUUGAAGACCACGGACUUGGAGGUUCUCUGACAACGCUCUGGCCUUCGUUUAUGGGAAGACUUCUAUUGACCCUGUACCCAGAUCAGCCACUAAAAAGACCAGUGGCAGUGUGGGCCUCUGCCUGCAGCACAGACUAAGCAGCUUGGCAGCUUCAUUUGUUUCUUCAGCGUGGAUUGUAUCUCAGCAGUGGCCCCUUUGAUGCAAAUAUAAAGUCAAAGUGUAAGGUUUGCGCUUGGUCCCAUCAAACAAGCCAAGUGGUCCCUAUAGGUCUGUGCUUUUCAUUUGCAACAGGAAAGUACGGUUUUGUCUCCUGGCUUCCUCGACAAGAUUAACACCUGAAUCAAAGCAUCUGCCAGCUAUUAGUUGUUGGUACUUGAGUAAGCAAGCUGGAGAGUCUGCUUCAGCUGUCCUUCCAAGGCCAGGUGGGAUGGCAUGGUAUCUGGAUUAUCUUCUAUUUAAAAUGGAUGAGGGACUUUCACAUUCAGCAUGGCCAUCUACACCUCCAUACAAGGAUAGGUAUUAUCCCACUUAACCCCACCAUGUUUAUGGGUAGUGAUGCUACACAGUAAAUUUCUUGGUAAUAAACUGGCUUCUAAGGGACUUGUUUUCACAUAUGGGCUAAAUCCUACCUGUCCAGGCCUAACCAUUUAGCUGCCAGCCCCACCCCAAUUCAUCCAGUUGCAAAGUCCUAUCCAUUUAAUUUUCUGAAUCCUACUCCUGCUUUCUCAUUCCCAUUUUCUUUGCUCCACCUCCCACUGCAGCCCAGUCCCUAACUACACUCACUUAUUUUGCUUAACUUUCCCAAAUUGGAUAGCAUGUUUGCUCUUCUCUCUGCUUGAUCAUUUUCCCUUAUCAGACCAUGGGGAUUAAUUUGUCCACUCCCAUAAUCGUUCACAGGAAGUUGAAAAGGUUAAGUACUUCCAUUUUAAUCCACACAAUCCUCAGUCUUUAAAGAUGCCACACACAGCUGUUAAGAUUUGGGUCAAAAGCUCAAACCCCAUCUGUAUCUCGAUAUUUUUAGACUCUUCAUUGUGUAAUUAUAAUCAGACAUUUAAUUCUCUUAGUAUCAAUAUCAACUACAACCCAUUUCAGAUCCAUGACCUCAGCUUCCAGAUUGUAUGUCCUCCAAGACACUAAGGGACCAGUUUUGCCUUUCUCCAUCAUCAAAGAUCAAAUCUGAAUUAUCCAGUUUGUCCAACUGAGUAAAGCCUUUGCACACUUUUCAACCAAAUCACUAAGUUUGCUGUCCAUUUUCCUUUUACUUGGGGGUCUGCAGAAUCCUCUAAAGAUUGUCACAAAUUUGUCCCAUCGGAAGUCAUGGUUCCCAGCCCACAUAUCACCCUAGAGGACUAAGAAACCACCACUCAAACCUAGUAGCAUUUUAAGUGUCAUCCUAUUUUUUUUGGCCAGGGUUGUAGACACCAACUUUAUUUGGGGCCAAAGAAAACGUCACAAUUUUUGGAAAGAACUAGAAAAACUGUAGCAAAUUAUAAUUUACCCUGAGAUCUGAAGGUCCUAUCUGCACACAAGCACUGGUCACCAUUUCAUUUUUGUAGGAUACAAACCUCAGAAAGCCCAAGUACAGCUUCUGGCUUUCCCAAAUUCUAUGCUAAUUUCAGACUAGAAUCUUUAGCAUCUCAUGAUGUAGUUCUUUGAACAUUAAUACACAGGGAUAUGUACAUCCUGACAAAUGCUUUUUAGAUCCCAAACCACUUUCAUGUAUAAAAGCCCCGAUGUGUCUAAGAUUCAGACUGGGCCCCCUCUCAAGAUUCUGGAAUGGUAUGAUAAAAGACAGAGUCAAGGAGGAAAAACCUUAGGCUCAGGAAUUAUAUCCUUCACAAUCGCUUCAAUCCUAUCACUUUGUCCACUCUUUAGAAUGCCCCAUCAAAACUGAGUUUUCCUGGGACACCUGGGUGGCUCAGUUGGUUAAGCGGCUGCCUUCGGCUCAGGUCAUGAUCCCAGCAUCCUGGGAUGGAGUCCCACAUCGGGCUCCUUGCUCAGCAGGAAGCCUGCUUCUCCCUCUGCCUCUGCCUGCCACUCUGUCUGCCUAUGCUCACUCUCUCUGACAAAAACAAAACAAAAC